AAUGGUUCUAACGGCGAACGCGAAGGUUUCCAUUUCAAUCACAACUCUGAAUUCGAUCAGAAUGGUUCUAACGGCGAACGCGAAGGUUUCCAUUUCAAUCACAACUCUGAAUUCGAUCAGAAUGGUUCUAACGGCGAACGCGAAGGUUUCCAUUUCAAUCACAACUCUGAAUUCGAUCAGAAUGGUUCUAACGGCGAACGCGAAGGUUUCCAUUUCAAUCACAACUCUGAAUUCGAUCAGAAUGGUUCUAACGGCGAACGCGAAGGUUUCCAUUUCAAUCACAACUCUGAAUUCAACCAAAGAGAUUUUAAUGACCAAAAUGGUUCAUAUUUAGGUCAAGGUGGUCCUAAUCUAGACGGAUCAACUUUCAUUGACGAAGCAACCGUUUCAUCAACAUCGUCAAGAAGUUCUUUAUAUCCUUUACAUCAACACGUGGAUGGUUUAAAAGUUAAUAGUUCCGUCAAAGGUGGAAAAUUCGGUUUGCCAUCAUGCCCUCUUUGGAUGGGAAGUCCAUAUAAAGUGGAGAGACACCUGAAUACUACAAAACACAAGAAUGGCAAAUGUUCAAGAAAUUAA